CUUGUAGGAGAAACCACAAUUUAACAGCAACAGCAUGAGUUCUUUGAGCAGAAUAGGCGUUUUCGCAUGUCAUGUCGGGAAGAUCGCCGGAUUUGGAUUGCAGCAAGUGCGAACAAAGUAUGCCGACUGGAAGAUGAUCCGUGAUGUCAAGCGACGCAAGUGCGUCAGUGAACAUUCCAAAGAGCGGCUUCGCGUUAAUUCACUUCGGAAAAACGACAUACUGCCCAUUGAGCUACGAGAAAUGGCCAAUGCCGAAAUUGCUGCUUUUCCCCGCGAUUCUUCAUUGGUCCGUGUUCGGGAACGCUGCGCACUUACGUCACGCCCGCGAGGAGUUGUCCAAAAAUAUCGCCUCAGCAGGAUUGUGUGGCGCCAAUUGGCAGACUAUAACAAGCUCUCCGGUGUGCAACGUGCCAUGUGGUAGACACUAAGUGAACAUAAUAUUUGUUUGUGUUAACCUUUUAUACAAAAAAAAUUAAUACAUACACAUACAUAUGCACACAAUAGGCUCUGCACACUGUGCCCAUCAAAGGGGAACGUUGGGAUUUUUUUAAAGAUGUGAAACUUUUGUUCACAUUGGCAGCAUCUACCAUCCAUGAAUAAACAGCUCAUGCUUUUCGACUUUC